UUUCUUUUGUUCAAUCUCCUCUCAUUCUUCUUCCUUCCUUCGAAUCACAGUCAUGGCUGCUGCAGCGGGAUUCACUGGCGUCCCGUCGCUCUUUGGCGUCUACCGUCAGAUUCUUCGCUCCAUCGACAACAUGUGCACCAAGCCGCUGGGCAACGUGGAGUGGCGCAACAACAUGCUCGAGCAGCUCCGCGCGCAGGCCGCUGCAGUCACGCCAGGCGACCGCGAAGCUGCGCGCAUUGCACAGCUCAAUGCUCAGGACCUCUUGAUCAUGCUGCAGGCGACCAGGGCGUACCGGGAAUUGCUGUUCACGUACCAAAGCGAUCCGCUGUCCCAGUCCGAGCGAAUCGCACUCUCCGCGCGCAGAGUUGGUCUCAACCUGCCAAAUCUUGAAGACAAGGCGGCAUUCAGCACGGCGCUUGAUGCGGCAACGAUGGCUCCGUCAUCGUCGGCGAAAUCCCAGGCGUCCGACUCUGGGAAUAUGAGCGAUGUCGUGCAAGGCGCUGCAGCCAAAUUCUUUGCGUCAAGCAAGGUGCAAGCUGCUUCGCAAAUCCCGACAAGCACCAGCGCUGCUGAUAUUGCCACGGCAAGCGAUCAGCUAUCGACUCCUCGUCGCCGAUGACCUUGAUCGGCAUUGGUUUCUGUGGGGAAAAUGUCUUGAAAUUUGAAUGUUUGCUUCUGUCCAUACACUUUUGCACUCUGGA